AUGCAGACUGCUUCUACAAACAUUUGUGAAAGACUGUGCAAUAAGUCCAUCCGUGAAAUUUCCUUGCUGCUAAAAAUUUUUCGGUCAACUGUUAGUGGUAUUAUAACAAAGUGGAAGCAACAGGGAACAAGAGCAACUCAGCCACGAAGUGGUAGGCCAAGUAAAAUGCCAGAUUAGCGCAUGCCAGGGUAAGCGCAUGCUGAAGCGCAUUGUGCACAGAAGUCUCUGACUGUCUGCAGAGUCAAUAGCUAAAGACCUCAAAACGUUUUGUGUCCUUCAGAUUAGCAAAAUAACAGUGAGUUAGAGCAGUGGAGAUGUGUUCUCUAGAAUAAUGAAUCACGCUUCUCUGUCUGGCAGUCCAAUGGAAGUGUUUG